UUUAUUCAUGUUCCCGUGCGCGGGCAGGGGCUCAGAAGCUAGCCGAUAGCUAGCUACCAAUUUCUAUCAAAAUGCCUAUGUUUUCGCCAGCCGGGAGGAUGCCCUAGGAGCCAAAUAAAUGAACACGUGAAACGAUAGCGUUUAGGGGGUGAUUUGGGAAAUCGCGGGAGAAUUUUCGACCAUUUGAAUGACCCGCAAAUCCAAAUAUUUUCCGGCCCCUGAAGCCACAGCGCUCGAACAAGAGAGCUCCCGAGCACCGUCUGCGGAUGUGAAGAAGAGACCUAGCGGUAUUUGGGGGAGUAGCUAACCUACUACAGACUGGCAUCUAUCGGGGACACUCAGGAGGCUUUUCUAAACACUCCAGAUACCACUUGAAGGCCAAGAAUAAAGUUAAAGUAGGGGAAGUCUGAUAUCCACGCAGCUGUUCUCCUCUGUGCAUCUGUUCCCGCCAUUAUAUCCUCCCCUACUACCUCUCCACCAAGCACCCUCGCUAGUUCUUCACUGCUGCUACUGCAAUGGAUUGGGCCACACCAGCUGCCAAACUGAAUCCCUACACCAGAGCCCGCAUGACAGAGGCCUGGCAGCAGCAUGCGGUCGCUCCACCUCAAGUCGUCCACACCAUCCCUCCAGGAGCUGAGAACGCGUUGGGCUGUGCUGUGUAUGGCAUUGUACUUCAGCCAGAUGCCACGUCUUUGCAGCAACAGAGUCAACAUGGACAGCACAGCCAACACAGCCAACAACACAGCGGGGGUCAGCAGCUUGGAGGCGGGCAGCACAGUCAGCAGCAGCACCCCGCCCAGGCCCAGCAGCCCUCCCUACAGGUAGGGACGGAGGGAGGACACAAGUGUGGGGCCUGUGGACACGAUAUCUCCCACCUGGCCAACCCACAUGAGCACCAGUGCAUGGUGAGUCAGGACAGGUCAUUCCAGUGCACACAGUGCAUGAAGAUUUUUCACCAGGCGACAGACUUGCUAGAACACCAGUGUGUUCAGGUGGAGCAGAAACCGUUUGUGUGUGGGGUGUGUAAGAUGGGCUUCUCUCUACUCACUUCUUUAGCCCAGCACCACACAUCCCAUAACAGCACCAACCCAAUGAAGUGUUCAAUAUGUGAGAAGACCUACCGACCCGGUUCUUCUGGCAACGUCACACCCAACUCAAAUAAUCCCCAGCAGUCCGGCAGUGAUGGGGCGUCAGCCAGCAGCAGCUCAUCCAUUCUACCCUUUCCCUCGGCCCGAGACCGGCCGUACAAAUGCUCUGUUUGCCAGAAGGGCUUCAAACACCUGUCAGAACUCACACGGCAUGAGAGGGUGCACACAGGAGAGAAGCCCUUCAAAUGUGACACAUGUGACAAGGCCUUCAGCCAGUCGUCACACCUACAGCACCACCAGCGAACACACAGCAGUGAACGCCCAUUCAAGUGUGCUGUUUGUGAGAAGAGUUUCAAGCACCGCUCCCACCUCGUGCGCCACAUGUAUGUGCACUCCGGUGAGCACUUGUUCAAAUGCAACUUAUGUGAGCUGCACUUCAAAGAGUCGUCAGAGCUCCUCCACCACCCCUGCCACCCGCAGGGUUCUCGGCCAUUCCGCUGUGCCACAUGUGGUAAGGGUUUCAAGCGGCCAUCUGACCUGCGCCAACACGAGCGCACACACUCAGAGGAGCGUCCCUUCCACUGUGAUGAGUGUCAGAUGAGCUUCAAGCAGCAAUAUGCGCUGGUGCGCCAUCGACGCACACACAAAGACCCUACUGACCGGCCAUUCAAAUGCAAUCUGUGCGACAAGGGCUUCAUGCAGCCCUCUCACCUCCUCUACCACCAGCACGUCCACGGCAUGGACAACCUGUUCAAGUGCGCCUCAUGCCAGAAGGAGUUCAGCCAGUCAGGAGAGCUGCUCAGACACAAGUGUGGCGAGUCGUCAAACACCUCGCCCGACAAGCCGUACAAGUGCGACGUGUGUGGCAAGGGCUACAAGAAGAGUUCCACGUUACAGCGUCAUCAAAACUCUCACUGCCAAGAGAAGCCCCUCAAAUGCUCGCUCUGUGACCGCCGCUUCCUGUCCUCUUCGGAAUUUGUCCAGCAUCGCUGCGACCCGUCGCGGGAAAAACCGCUGAAGUGUCCUGACUGUGAAAAACGUUUCAAAUACUCUUCAGACCUGAACCGACACCGGCGCGUGCACACAGGGGAGAAACCGUACAAAUGUGGCCACUGCAACAAGGGCUUCAAACAGCGCGAGCACCUGACCAAACACGCGAGCACGCACUCCAGAGAGGGCCAGUUCAAGUGUGUUUGGUGCGGCGAGCGUUUCAGUGACUUGGGCUCUUUGCAGGAUCACACGGUGCAGCACACAGCCGAUGGAGGGGGUUACCCUGUGCCCCAGUGCAUAUAAAUCCUUGGAAACUUUUUCUCUCAAACAGACAGUCCCCUCAACUCCUGUCCUUUUGUCUAUCCCUUGUAGGCUGUUUAUUCAGCCUAACUAUCACCGCAUCUGCAGGACAGACCAGGCUGUUAUUAAUGCACUCAUUCACUUCAGUGAUACAUCAGGUUUUCAUUGCUUUACUAACCUGCCCAAAGCCCUCAUUCCAUAAAGUCCUGAGGAGGCCUUUUUCUCUCCAUGUGCUUUCCUUUUUGUUCCACCUCUUUUUAUUCUUUUACCACUCCCCUGUUUCUCAGCCACACGUUCAAAUAGUUGAUAGCAGUGAAGAAGCCACAACCACUUAACUGCCAUCAUUUAUAUUUGGACUGAAACAGGUACCAUAAUACAGGCUGAUUUAGCAAAUACUUAGAUCCUCCUAAAAAAAAAAAAAAAGAAAAAGACAUUGUCUUAUAAGAGACAUAAAUUGUUUGGUAUAGUGUAAGGUGUGCUGAAUUAGUCAAUAUAGGCGAGACUCACCUAAACUGACUGGGCCACAAACGUUUUCUUUGCCGCUGGAGUAUCCACUAGAGGGGGAUCAUUCCCUUGUUUUUUGCUUUCACCCUCUCUUUCUCCGACUACAUCUCUUCCCCCCGGUCUUCAGUUUCUCCCUCGUUCUUCCCCCUCAUUUGUGCUUUUGUUUUGCAUCCUCUUUCGGUCUCGGCCUGUCGCUGUUUAGUAUCAGACGAGUGGAAAGUUUGAUUAACCCCUCAGAUGCACAUGCACUCAGAUUCAGACUUCAGAUGCUUUUCACCCCCACACGGUCAUAGUAUAUCGUCUAUUUUGGUCCCGACCCAAUUCCCACGUCCCUCUGAGUUCUAGUACUUUACUUAUUAUUUAUGAAGUAGCCAGAAAGCUCCUCAAUGUAUGUGAAGGGAAAUGGGGUGGAGGGUGGAGUUUGGGGAUUUAUAGUCCUAUAGUGAAAUUAUUCAGAUGAUAAAAUGUCUGUGAGCGUAUGUGUGGGCCAUAGUUAUGGCUACCUCCCGUUUGUACCAAAACACCAGGAUGAAGCAGCACCCGAUCCCAAAGGUGUGUAGACUAACUAACCAGCUGAAGUUAACCAAUAAAACCCCCAAUGAUCGAUACCAGUCUCUCUUGUCAGUAUAGACAUAUAUAGAAAUAUAUAUUUCACACCUAAUGUACUUGUCAUAUUCCUGCAGAGGUCUGUGCGGUUAGACUUAUGUGUCCUGGAAAUGUCCACGUUUUGAACAUUACACUUCCUCUCAGCCUGUACAUACUGUGGAUGUGUGGAAAUGUCAGAACUUGUCUUUCUUAAAAACAAUAUGUAAGAACUGUUUUUGUAUUCUUGCUACUUUUUACCAUGUUAAAUGUUUUGACAAAGGCUCUUUUGUUGUUUUUGUAGUCCAUGUAGUGAUUGUAUCGGUAUGUUGCAGGGAAUCUCAAAGAGCACCCUGCGCGUGUGUGUGUGUGUGUGUGUGUGUGAGUGAGUCUGAGUGUGAAUGUAAACAGUAUUCUGUCAAACAGGGAAAUUCAGACUGUAGAGAAUCGUAUUAUAAAUGUUUAAACAGACCUGCGCCUUUUUUUUAAUUUACUAACCUUACUGGUCUGUCAGAGCUGUUUCUGCAGGAUGAACCUGCACUUUGUGUUACAUAUUUUCCAUGUUUUGAAAGAAAUAUUAAUACUGUUUGUUCUGUUACAAGUUGCAUUAAGGUUUACGUUGUGUCUCAGAGGGAAUGACACCUUCCUCCUCUGUGAAUGCUAUGAGAUUGUAGUUGCACUUGAGAAGCCUGGAAUGCAAGUUGGUUUUACAUGUCAGCUGUGAUCGCCACUGUUCCUUUUUCUGAUCAUCUGGGGAGCUGUUCCCUCUCCCCUCUCCCCCUCUGUCACUGUUGAUUCAUGGUUUGAGUGCAGUAUUGAAAAGUGUUGAAUACAAACAGAGGAGGCCAAGGAAGUAACUUUUUUUUUUUUAUUCUGGCUUGCAGUUCUUUUCUUUUUGUUUUAGCCUUAAAGUGGCCACAGUACCUCUCUGCUCCUUCCUCCUCUUCUGCUCUCUGUCUUUGUCCUUCAUCACCAUCAUCAUGCGAGGUCAGACGGUUGGUUCCACCAGCCAUCAUCUUUCCUUUUUUAUUUUCUGAAUCUGGCAUUAUAAGACUUUGAGAACAACCUGGACUUAAAGUAAAGAAGUACUGUAUGUAUUUUUUUCACAUUUGUUUUUAUUAUUUUUAAUGCGUAUUCUUUAAAUUGAUAUGAAUAUCUAUAUUCCUCGAGGGAGAGACCAGGGCCUUGGGUGAGUUUGUGAUGAAGGCUGGCUGGUUUUUUUUUUUUUUUUUUUUUUUGAACAAUGUAGAAUUGUUUCUAAGGCCAAAUCACAGAAGACACAAUUUCUACACAAAGAAUUCUGUAGGGUGGUGGUGUGAAAGUUGAGUAAUUACAACAAAAACUGCAUCAGGAAUCAAUGAAGGUGGGUUCAUAUUUGCCAAGACCUACAAGUACUCAAGAAUGUUCGACUUGUUAAUUGGUGCUGAUACAUCAUCAGAUGUGCAUAAUAAAAAAAUAGUCGCUCCAGGUGCAGACCAAGGACCUCACAUACUGUGUUGACAGUAGACUUAACAUGUAAUAAUAAUAAUAAUAAUACAAGUGUCUGUUCACAGCCCAAUAAUUCCAACCCUGCAGCACUGGUUUAGUUGUUUGUAUCAGUGAGGGCAACUGUGUGGUCGUGCAUUUGUCCUGUGUGUUAUAGAGUACUGUUGAGGUGUGUGAAACAUUAACGGACCAAUCUGCAGUGAGGAAUACUGCAAAGUGAAAGGGAGAGCUGCACUGAUCAGUGUAAUAUCUACGCAGUCAGGGAAAGGAGAGGAAACUCUCCUGUAUAAGCACAAAUGAAAUAAAUCCACCCUCUUGCAUUUUAACUGAUGGUUCUAAUGGAAACAUUUGGUUCAGGCACCAGUUCACCCAGCCACCAUCCUCCUUCCUUUUCAGUUCCAGUAAAUAAACCCGUCAGACCCUGGUGUCUCUUGCUCUCUGCAUGCUUGCUGUGUUAGUUCCUGUGUUCUGUCCCUGGGAACUAGUGCCCCCUUCCUCCUCCUCCCCCUCUUCCUCUCCUCACAGCACUGUUCCCUCCUAUAGCUUUUUUCAAAUUGUACUGUAGUUUAUGUGAAUGAUGUUGAAAAAAAAGAAAAGAAAAAAACUUUUGUGGCGACGUACAUGUACAUUCAUGCUAAGAUUAUCUGUAUGUAUGUAGCAUUCAAUUACACACAGCACUAACAAAUAAAACUUUUUUCAUUUAUAAACUUA